UGACACCAUUACACAUCUGUAUGUUUCGUUUGCGAUAAACACACACCUGAAGAUGACGGAACCAGAGGCAUCAUAUUUGAACGAUUGUUAUGAAGACAUUAAAAACAAUUGCCGACAUUUCAUUAUCCUUAAUGAAGUUUACCGUGUCGGUUUUUAUCAAGGACAAAGUGGGAAACACAGAUCUUUAGAUGAAAACAAAGUAUUUGAAGUGCCGCUGCUGCACCAAGCUGUCUUUGAUGGAAACCUUAAAGAAACUCAGUGGCUGGUAAAAAACGGAGAAGAUCCAAAUCAGAAAUUGCAAGAUGGACCAAAGUUAUUUCAAAGUGUUCAAGAUGGAUGGAAAACUUUAUACGGUUACUUUGAAGGAACGACUCCUUUGAUGAUAGCAAGUCAGAGGGGACAUUUAAAGAUAGUUAAGUUUCUUCAUACUCGAGGUGCAAUAAUAUCCAAAACUGAUAGUCUUGGCUUCAAUGCAUUUCUGUUGGCUUGUGGGGCGAAUCAGCUAGAUGUCUGUCGGUAUCUGCACAAUCACGGCGCAGCAUUGGAAUUCAGAGAUGAACUGAAUGGCAUGACUCCACUUCUGAUAGCGUGCAGCACAGGUAGAGAAGCCGUAGCGAGGUGGCUGGCAGGAAGAGGAGCAAAUGUACACGCCUGCGACUUUUCUGGAAGAAGCACGUUGCAUUUUGCUGCGUGGAACUACAACUUUCCUCUCAUUGAAUUAUUUGUGUCAAAAUCUGUGAAGAUAAAUGGGAAGGAUCGAAAUGGUAACACUCCCCUUCAUUUGAUGUUGUCUGACGCAUCCCUGGAACCGCCCGCAUUAGCGGAAGUUCUAGUCCAGAAGAAGGAAGUCGAUACAAUCCAAUAUGUAUUGAAGAAGAUGUCAAAUUUCAAGGAUAUCAAUCUAAUAAUUGAUCUUGGAUUGACCUUCAGUAGAGGAACAGACGACUUUCUGAAUAAAUCUAAUGAGAAAUGGACAUCUCUUUCGGAGUUUGUCAAGCUAGGAGCUAAUCCAAAUAUCAAGAACAGAAAUGGACAAACUCCGUUACAUACCUUACUAGAAUGUCUGCCAGAGGCUUACAUCUCUAAAGGAAGUGUCAUUGUCUUCCAUCCAAACAAAAAUCAGGAAUUAUUGGUGCAGCUGCUUAUUCUUUUGAAACUUGGGGCGGAUCCCGAUCUGAAACUUGGGAAUGGAAGAACAACCAUCAAUUUAUGCCAAUCGCAACAAAAUGCUCUAGCUCUGUGUAUUUUGAAUCGGUACCAAAACAUUGUUGACGAUAAGAUAGAGAAUGCAGUUGUUGUGGAAGAAACGAUCGCUAAACAUAGACAAAAAUAUCUUCAAAAACUUAAACAAGUGGAAAGCGAGAUUGAGAUACUAUCAGACAUGAUUAUUGAGCCUGUAAGACAACGUCCGUUUUAUGAAAUCGUGUAUGACAAUCUUGCAGCCCUAUAUCGAUACAUGGACAGUGUUGUCAUUGGUUGAGGACAGAGUUGUCUCUCAUUCCCUUGUGAAAAUCAAGCUAACUCGUUUUAAUCGAGUUACAAACUUCGUGAGGUGUGGAUUCACAACAGUUUACUUCCGGAAAAUGUUGCAAAUACCAUUUGACCUUUAGUAAUGAACCUCACAAGAAAGUGUGAUCUGAUAUCAUUGGAAUUCAAAUACCACCACACCUAGCAUGCAAGGUUGGAAAUAAGUGAUUAUUUCUAAAAGCGCCUAUAAAUGAAUGUUUUUCAAUAUU